CGGAGAUCGGGUAUAACCUGUGGUUCACGGUUCCUGGUGAGCGGGCCGUGGUCUGUGUUGCGCUGUGACCUGCACUGGUCGUGGGAGCCGUAGGAAGGACUCAGGGAGACCCAGGAAACCUAGAAAUGGAUGCAGUGGUCUUUGAGGAUGUUGCUGUGAACUUCACCCUGGAAGAGUGGGCUUUACUGGAUUUUUCACAGAAGAAACUCUACAGAGAUGUGAUGGGGGAAACCUUCAGGAACCUGGCCUCAGUAGGAGAAACAUGGAAAGAUCAUGACAUUGAAGAUAAAUGCAAAAACCAGGGGACAAAACUAAGGAGUCGUAAGGUAGGGAGAAUAUGUGAAGGGAAAGAGGAUAGUCCAUGUAGAGAAAACCUCAGCCUUAUUCCAAAUCUCAAUCUGAACAAGAAAACUCUUAUCAGAGUAAAACCAUGGGAACACAAAGUAUGUGGAAAAGUCCUCAUGCAUCAUUCAUCCCAUAAUAGGUACACCAGAAGUCACGUUGGACACGAGCCAUAUGAGUAUCAGAAAAAUGGAGAGAAGCCAUAUAAAUGUAAUGUAUGUGGGAAAGCCUUUAGUUAUCUGCAGUGUUUUGAAAAACAUAAAAGAAAUCACACUGGAGGGAAAACCUAUAAAUGUAAGGAGUGUGGGAAAGCCUUCAUGCAGCUCGAAACUUUUCAGAGACACAUGGUAACACAUACUGGAGGUGCCUCUUAUAAGUGUAAGGAUUGUGGGAAAACUUUUAGUUCUUUAGCUUCACUUCAGAUACAUGAAAAAGCCCACACUGGAGAGAAACCUUAUAAAUGUAAACAUUGUGGAAAAGCCUAUAGAUAUCAUCAAACUUUACAAAUACAUGAAAGGACUCACACAGCAGAGAAAUCCUAUGAAUGUAAAAAAUGUAGUAAAGCAUUCAGUUGUCCCAGUUCCCUCCGAAUACAUGAAAGAACUCACAAUGGAAAGAAACCUUAUGAAUGUAAACAAUGUGGUAAAACCUUCAGAUAUUACCCUUCCUUCCAAACACACGAAAGAGUUCAUACUGGAGAGAAACCCUAUGAAUGUAAGCCAUGUGGUAAAACUUUCAGUUCUAAUAUAGGUUUCCAAAUACAUGAAAGAAAUCACACUGGAGAAAAACCCUAUGAAUGCCAAAAAUGUAGUAAAGCCUUCAGUUGUCCCAGUUCUUUUCGAAAACAUGAAAGAACUCAUACUGGGGAAAAACCUUAUGAAUGUAAGGAAUGUGGGAAAGCCCUUAGAGCUCUUGCAAGCCUUCGAGUGCACAUGAUCACUCACACUGGAGUGGGACCUUAUAAAUGUAAGCAGUGUGAGAAAGCAUUUAUUUCUCCCAGUUCAUUUCGAAUACAUCAAAGGAGUCACACUGGAGAGAAACCCUAUGAAUGUAAACAGUGUGGUAAAACCUUCAGGUAUUACCCUUCCUUUCAAAAGCAUGAAAGAACUCACACUGGAGAGAAACCCUAUGAAUGUAAGGAGUGUGGAAGAGCCUUUAGUUGUUCAACUUUGCUGCGACUACAUGAAAGAACAUACACUGGAGAGAAACUCUAUGAAUGUAAGCAGUGUGGAAAAGCCUGCAGAGAUUACACUUCCUUAGAAACACACAUAAGAAUUCAUACUGGAGAGAAACCCUAUGAAUGUAAACAAUGUGGAAAGGCCUUCAGGUGUUAUCAAAGUUUUCGAAGACAUGAAAGAAAUCACACUGGAGAAAAACCCUAUGAAUGUAAAAAAUGUAGUAAAGCAUUCAGGUGUCCCAGUUAUCUUAGAACACAUGAAAGAACUCACACUAGAGAAAAACCCUAUGAAUGUAAACAAUGUGGUAAAGCCUACAGAGGUUACAGUUCCUUGCAAACACAUGAAAGGACUCACACAGGAGAGAAACCCUAUGCAUGUAAGGAAUGUGGAAAAGCUUUCAGGUGGUAUCAGAGUUUUCGAAGACAUGAAAGAACUCACACUGGAGAGAAACCCUAUGAAUGUAAAGAAUGUGGGAAGGCCUUCAGUCAUCCCACUUCCUUCCGAAGGCAUGAAAAGACUCACAGGGUAGAACCUUUUGAAUGUAAACAGCGUGGGAAAGACUUCAGUUGGCCUUCAUUGUUACAUGUUAAAACUCCCAUCAGAAAUAAAUUAUAAAUGUAAGUAACAUGAGAAAGCUUGAUGAAAAUUAAUCCAUGUAUAACGUUCCAAAAAACUUUCAACACAAAAGAAUUGUUUUUUACAAGUUGUAAAUAUAUUGUUUAUCAAGCCUCUUUCUUAAAGUGUAUCAUUGGAGUGUGGGUUUCUACUAGUUUCAAAAAUGAAUAUUGGGGUGAUACAAUUCUGCAAGUCAUCUUUCAACA